CCGGAGCGGCUGGGCUGAUGAUGGAGCGGCGGCGGAGAGCCUCCCUCGCGCUGCUGUUGAAUCUGCUGGCUCUGCUCCUCGCGGUGUCCGCGCUCAGCUCCAGCUACUGGUGCGACGGAGAGCGCAAAGUGGUGAAGCCCUUCUGCACCGGCCCGGUGACCGGCAAACAGACGCACUGCAUCCGGUACAACAGCUCCAACGCCAACGACAGCCGCCUGGUGCAGUACAUCUGGGAGACCGGCGAGGAUAAGUUUGUUCUUCGGAAGUUCCACACCGGCAUCUGGUUCUCCUGCGAGCAGAACGUCGACCUCGUCGGUGAAAAGUGCAGGAGCUUCAUCACUGUCGCUCCUCCUCACGAGAGAGGUGUUUUGUGGCUCUGCAUUGUGGCUGAGUGUCUGUACAUCCUCCUGCUGGCCACCGGAGGGAUUCUCAUGUCCAUUGAGGUCUGUCAUUUUGGAAACGUCAUCGACGGACUCAAACUGAACGCAUUUGCUGCGAUUUUCACAGUGUUAUCAGGGCUUCUGGGAAUGGUGGCACACAUGAUGUUCACCACUGCCUUCCAGCUGACCGUCAGUCUGGGCCCCGAGGAUUGGAAACCGCAGCAUUGGGACUACAGCUGGUCUUACAUUUUGGCCUGGAGUUCGUUCACGGCCUGCAUGGCGUCCUCCGUCACCACCAUCAACAGAUACACUAAAACCAUCCUGGAGUUCAAGCACAAGCGCAGGAACAUGGAGAAGAACCUGAAGAUCAAGCAGAAGCUGCUGGACCUGGAGUCUCCGGAGCAGGUGUGGGACAUGUUCAUCAGCUCCGUGCCCAGCUCCGCCGAGGAGUUCCUGGAUCUGUCAGCUUCGGCACGCAAGCUGUCAGCCGGAUCUGUCUUUCUGGACCUCAACGAGCUGCCGAGUCCACAGGGAGAGGAGUACUGCUAAAGAAGACCACCAGAAGAUCCCUCCUGCUUUUAUAGAGGCAGUUCAUGCAGAAAUCAACAUUUACUCAGCCUUUGCUCAUCAUUAAGUGGUUUCAAGCCUCUCAGUUUAGUCGCUUUAUUUUCUUUUUGAACACAAAAGAAGAUUCAGUGUUGUGCAAAAGUUUGUGAACCCCCUGCAGAAUCACCAAAAAUGUCAAUAAUUUCACAAGGAGAGGAGUACUGCUGAAGAAGACCACGCAGAGCUCCAUUCCUGCUAUUAAAGGGGCAGUUCAUACUAAAAUGAAUUUUUAUUCACCGUUUACUCAUCAUUAAGUGAAGAACAAUGUUGUGCAAAAGUUAGUGAACCCCUUGCAGAAUCACUGUGUGAUUACGUUUGACAAAAUAAGAGAGAUCGUACUAAAUGCAUGUUAUUUUUUACUGUCCUGAGAAAGAUACUCUUUGUUUAUAGUCCACAACACUUAAAUAUGGCAGAAAUUAUUAAAAUACCCCAUGCUAAAGUUUGCAGAAUCACUAAAAAUAUCGAUAGUUUCACAGGGAGAGGAGUACUGCUGAAGAAGACUGCACAGAUCUUCAUUCCUUUAAAGGGACAGUUCACACAGAAUUCAACAUUUACUCAACAUUACCUCAAGUGGUUUCAACCCUGAAUUGGGUUUCUUUUUUUUCUAUUUGAACACAAAACAAUGUACAGUGCCAUGCAAAAGUUUGUGAACCCCCUGCAGAAUCACUCAGAAUGUGAUUAAUUUUGACAAAAUAAGAAAGAUCAUUUUAAAUGUAAGCUAUUGUUUUAAAUUCAGCACUGUAUUGAGUAAGAUAUUGUAGGUUAAUAGACCCCAAGACAAAAAUAAUAGCAGAAAUUAUUAAAAUAACCUCGUGCAAAGGUUUGCAGAAGCACUGAAAAUGUGAACGCAUUAAUUUCUUUCGGCUUAGUCCCUUUAUUCAUCAAGGGUCGCCACAGCGGAAUGAACCACCAACUUAUCCCAGCAUAUGUUUUACACAGCGGAUGUCCCUCCAGCCGCAUCCCAUCUCUGGGAAACAUCCAUACACACAUCCAUACACACAUACACAUACACUAUGGCCAAUUUAGCUUAGCCAAUUUCCCUAUAGCGCAUGUUAUUGGACUGUGGGGGAAACCGGAGCACCCGGAGGAAACCCACACCAACACGGGGAGAACAUGCAAACUCCACACAGAAACACACACUGACCCAGCUGGGACUUGAACCAGUGACCUUUUUGCUGUAAGGCCAAAGUGCUAACCACUGAGCCACAAUGCCGCCCGAAAAUGUGAAUAACAUUAAUUAUAUAUUUUUAUAAUUUAGUACUGUCCUAACAUAAUUUACACAAAACAUGUUUACAUAAAGUUCACACGAUUUUAAUUAUUAAAAUAACCUUGUGCAGAGUCUGUAAAAAUGUCAACACAUUUGAAAAAAUAACCGCAAGACAUAACAGAACUAGCUGAAAUUAUGAAACUAACCCCGCUCAAAAGUUUGUGAACCCCCUGCAGAAUCACUGAAAAUGUCAAUAAUUUCACAGGGAGAGGAGAACUGCUGAGGAAGAGAGCUUCAUACCUGCUUUUAAAGGGGCAGUUCACACUAAAAUCAACAUUUACUCAAGACUCUGAGUUUAGUCUCUUUUUUUUCUUUUUGAACACAAAACAAGAUACAGUGUUGUGCAAAAGUUCAGAAUUAUUGAAAAGGAGAUUAAUUUUGACAAAAUAAGCGAGAUCACACUAAAUGCAUGUUUUUUUUUAUUAGUACUGUCCUGAAUAGAUAUUUUAUGUUUAUAGUCCACGAGGCAUAAAAAAACUAGCUGAAAUUAUAAAACUAACCCAUGCAAAAGUUUGUGAACCCCCUGCAGGAUCACUGAAAAUGUCAAUAGUUUCACAGGGAGAGUAGUACUGCUGAAGAAGAGAGAGAGAGAGAGAGAGAGAGAGAGAGAGAGAGAGAGAGAGAGAGAGAGAGAGAGAGAGAGCACCUUUUGUGGUCAAAAACAUUUGUCAAAAUUCGUUUGGAGCCACUUUAAAAGCAUUGAAAUCACAUUAGAAACAUGCUUCAAUAUUCACAUUUCUUCCUCAGGUUUUCUGUUUUCCAGAACAAGUGUAUAAACAUUCUAAAAUCAAGAUACUUUUGAUGGAGAAUCAAAAUUACUGAAGAUAUUAAUAAUUAAAAUGCAUCAGAAUGACACAUAUCUGCCAAGAAUGUCACUUAAGAAUGUUUAUAUAUUGUGUUGGAAAAUAAGACAAGACAAUCCUGAGGCAGAACUUUAUUUAUUGUUUUGUUUUAUUUAUUUAUUUAUUUAUUUAUUUAUUUAUUUAUUUAUUUAUUUAUUUA